CGCUAAAUCGUGUCAAAACAAAAGUGACAUGUAAUUAAGCACAUGGCGUAAUGAACAGGAUUCUUAGUUUUUUCAAAGGUGAUUGUUUUUGAUAAAACGCGUAAUCUGCCUUCCAACUGAAAACUAGUUAGACAAUUAAAACAUUUUAUGGAAAUGGAUGUUUUGUUGAGAACAUGACCUCGUGGCGCAGAUUAUUGUUCGAUUUGAGUAGGGCACUCCUCCCGUUCAUAUCACGGGCCAUAGCCCGGUGCCCCGCGGCUCGGCAUGAUCGGGUCCGCCCAAUCAUUGGAGCGGAGCAUGAUUGGGAGCCUGAUAUUUUACGGGCUUUACCCGUUGUCACGGCUUAUAAACUGCGUCACAGAACCCUUGAAAAAGGGUUCCUCUGUGUCCAUUAAUGGCAAGAAGGUGUGGGAUGGUGAAGUCCCUUCCAAAAGAUUUACUAAAACGCAGGCAGGCCUGUUGGAUCGGUGGCUUAGUACAAGCAGCGGGCCCACAAAGGCCAAGAAGGAUCACAGGAAAGUGACUGGGGAAUGGAUGAAGGAGAACGGCGCACUAGAAAAGGAGAAGAGUAAAGAGGCAGAGAUGAAGAAAAGCACUGUAAAAGAGGUGAUGGGGUCUGAACCAGAGAAAGACAGGAAAGAGCCUGUAUUCGUAACUCUGGAGGGUCGGCUGCUUGAUGGAGUGAAGGAAGAGGAGCCAGAGGUGAGAGACGGCGUGGAGGGGGACGGGGUCAGAGAGGAAGGUCCAAAGCAGCAGGACCAGGAGCAGACUAUCCUCUACUCAGAGAAGCUCAUGAGGGAUGAUGGCGUGCAGGAGGCUCCCUGUUCCCCCACAGAGGAGUCUGAGAAUAGUAACCCAGCACUGGGGCUAACAACAGAGACAUCUGAAGUACAGAAUCCAUCAGUCAAGGACAGCAGGACAACAGACGAUAAAGCGAUUGUCCAUGUCCUGUUUGAACAGAUAGUGGAAAAGAUGAGCAUGGGAGAGUCAGUAACCAAGGCACAGGUGCAAAAACCGGAGUGGGAGAACCAAACUGCAGCAGGACUAGACUUGAGCUCUUUUGUAGACCCACAUGCAAGCACUAGUGAAGUGCCUGCUGAGAUAUGGGAUCCUGGGCUGGACCUGGUCUCCCUUCUCUGUGAGGCAGAGGCCCAGACACAGCCAUGGGAGAGUAGGGCUCAGCCCCCACCCAAGGGCUGGCAUUUCCCCAUCGGCCCUGGCUUGAAAGAGGUGUUGUUCUGCCCUUCCACAGCGUUCCCAAGCAUGAGCUACUACCCACAUUCACUGGAGAGAGAGACCUUCGAAGUGGUGUGGAGGGUGUGGGAGGAACUCAGUGAGACCCACACAGCGCCAGAGCCUCUCCAAAGGCCCCCCUCAGAACCCCGGCCCCUGUUUGACUUCACAGUGAUGUCUUACAACAUCCUGGCCCAGGACCUGCUGGAGGCCAACCAGGAGCUGUACACACACUGCCAUCUAGGGGUGUUGAGCUGGGACUACCGCUUCCCAAACCUCACACAGGAGUUCAAGAAAUGGGAACCAGAUAUCCUGUGUCUGCAAGAGGUCCAGGAGAACCACUUUACAGAGCAACUCCAUCCUGUCCUUCGUGACAUGGGCUACACCUGUGUUUACAAGCGGCGCACCGGCACCAAGACUGACGGCUGUGUGAUUUGUUACCGCGGCGACCGUUUCUCCCAGGUGUCAGAGAGUCUGCUGGAGUUCUACAGGCCAGAGUGUGAGCUGCUGGACCGAGACAACGUGGGCAUUGUCCUGCUGCUCCAGCCAAUUAUCACACAGGGGUCAGAAGUCACUGCCAAGGGCCCACCCCUCUGUGUGGCAACCACCCACCUCCUGUUCAACACCAGGAGGGGUGACGUGAAGCUGACCCAGCUUGCAAUGCUGCUGGCAGAGAUCGACUACAUCGUGAGGAACUGCAAGGUGAAGGGAGAGCACUGCAAUGUUGUUCUAUGUGGAGACUUCAAUGCUCUGCCCAACAUGCCUCUGUACCAACUGAUCACGACAAGACAGCUUUACUAUCAUGGUCUACCUGCCUGGAUGAUAUCAGGUCAAGAGGAUCUGUCCUACAACAUCCAUCAUAGGAGGGUAUUCGCUCCCCUUUGGCCAAGCACCGUGGGCAUCGAUGACAACUGCCAGUACACAACUGUAGAUGAGCCAAAGAGUCAAAUCACGUCAACCCAGAGUCCAGAACGGAACCUGCAGUACAACCAUGGCUUCCUGCGGCGGCUGCGUUUCUGUGAGGCUGCCUGUGUCCGGCCACAGGACCUGGAGCUCAUCCCAGGGGUCACUGACAACACACCUGAUCCUGAGGACAAGCAUCCUUCUACAACAAGGUUCAGACAGACUAUCUCCCAUUACCUGAACCUGCGGUCAGCCUACGGCCACUUCAUCCCUGGAACAGACCGUGCUGAGGUGACCACGCUGCACUCAGAGGUUGGAGCUACAGUCGACUACAUCUUCUACUCUCCAAGGCGUGGCAUUUCUGGUGCUGAUCAGAAAGGUGGAGGUCAACGGCAGAGCCAAGGUCUGAAGCUGCUUGGUCGUCUCUCCCUCCUACCAGAGGAGGACCUCUGGUCAAUGAACGGUUUACCCAAUGAAAUGUUCCCCUCUGACCACCUCAGUCUCCUGGCCAAGUUCCAGUUGGACCUGAAUCCUGUGUGAUUUGGGCUGUCUAUGGUCAAUGAAGAAUCAGGAGGACAGAGGUCAAGCAUUUAAACAUUUUUGUUCAAACCUUACAUGAUUUGCCCAUGGCACAAUUCCAUGUUUUAAAAGUGAAUACUUACUUGGUCCCUGGGGCUCAGAGAGUUUUGAGUCCCAUCUAAUACUCUGCUUGUUUCCUACCUGAAGAAAAACUACUCAGCCCAAUUUCCAGAAGAGAUGGGAUGUCCUCUGAAUUAUAUUUGUUUACAUGUAUAGAGAGAAAAAAAUAACCAAAAAGGUUAGAUUCAGUUAGUUGGAGUUUUUGACAAAUGCUCUUACUGUUAAGAUAAGAAUACAAGAAGCUUUUAGAUUUAGAAGUUUAUGGGGAUUUUGUUUACUCAGUUUGUUCACAAUCUGCUACACUAGUAAAUUGGAACAUUUGUCUUAAAACAUUUACAAACUGUGAAAUAAUUGAAUGUCAAUGUUUUCUAUUUAUUUAGCUGUUUUCCCCCCUAUCCUCUGGCUUUGGUCCAGUCAGUAUUAUUUGUUCAAGUGGUGUGGUAGAAAUCUUAAAUAAAUCUAACAAUAGCUUGGCAGUCUAAUUAGGGUGAUCUACAUCAUCUUUGGGUGUUAAAAUUGUGACCUGAAUGUUGGCAGUGCCACACUGAGAUGGAAGCUCUCUCGCUCUACUGAGGCACACUGUCAAGGAGAAGAUGAGUGUGGCUGGCUGAGGCAUGAAUCAAUUAUUCAUUCAGGUUGCAGGGAGGGAGCGUUCAUGCAUGCUAGGGCACUGUCGGGGAUUCUGUCUGUGUGUGUGUGUGUGUGUGUGUGUGUGUGUGUGUGUGUGUGUGUGUGUGUGUGUGUGUGUGUGUGUGUGUGUGUGUGUGUGUGUACUGCAGUCUAGACCAGGGUUUUCCCAACUCAGUCCUACGACUCCCCCUGGGUGCACGUUUUUGCCCUAGCAAUACAUAGCCGAUUCAAAUCAUCAAAAUUUGAGUUGGUUAUUUGAAUCAGCUGUGUAGUGCUUGGGCAAAACCAAAAGGUACACCGUGCAGGGGGGUUCCCAGGACUGAGUUUGGGAAAGCCUGGUCUAGAGGAACAGCCAACAGACUCCUGUCAACACUAAGACCUCUAGUUAUAGCUCACUGGAAUGACACAAAUGUCAAGGUCUGACACUUCCUUUAGUCUAACUACAAUAAAUCAGGUGUUCUCUCUCAGGUCUUUCGGGGAAUUAUUUUCUGUCUCAUAAUGAAUCACUGAAAGUUUUUAAACACAAGUUAGCAGGCAGUGGGUUGAGUGUGUAAGAAUUCCAGGAUUUACCUUAACCUAUGAGUUUAACUGUGCUGCACAAAAAUAUAUUUCCCGUGGCACAAAACACAUGCACUGAGGAGAAAUGGUCAGUAGGUUUUUCAAAGUAGGCCACUAUUCCUUCUGUCUUCAUUCCAUAAACAGUGGUGGGGGAGGUAGUACCUAGUGUUUGUUACCUCUGGGCUUCUGUCUCUUCAUACAUUUGAAAUCAUUCUUGCCACUGAACAUUACCAACCCUACCCCCAACUUAACAAACCUAUUUCAACUGCAGUUGUGAUUCCUUUAAACACUUGCAUUUCACAUACCAUACCUACAUGAUGUACAUUCAGCUAUAGCAUAUACUAACAGGAGCCAUUUCAUAAGAGAACAGUCCCCAGCUACUCUUGUGCUACUGUAUAUAAGAGCUAUCAAAAUCUCCCUGGUCUGAACAUGAAACGGUAACAGAGGCUGUUUGUUCAGGAGAGCAACAACCAUGGCAGUCUUCUGUACUCGUAUGAUGAAAUAUGUCAGGUUAGCAGGGUUUAGUUAGUUAAGCCUUGUUAGCCGAUUGCAGUGCUGUCAGGUAGACUAUCCAUUCAGCCAGGCUUCCAUUAGACUUAAUUGAUUUGUGUAGCAGAAUCCUUGGGCGCCAGCACAGUACAAUUGACUUGUACAACCCAUGCUGGUUGCUAGCACUGGCAUCUCUCCAAAAGCAUGUGAUGAAUGGGAAAAGAGGUAUGUUAAUCACUCAAAUGUUACACCAUUUGUUUUCAACAAAUCUGGUCAAAUACCAGUUCCUUGUUUAUUUCAGUUUCAAGUGUCACAAAGCCAUACGGGUGAUUUACGGUUACAAUAUUUCAGAUGACAUGUAUUAAUAUAGUGUCAUCACCACAUCUUUGCACUAAGGAACAAAAACAGACCACAUUGCAAUGAAAGGAGGAAAUAUCAAAACCUCUGAUUUCAUGUCUUGGAGCCCAAAAUGGGCUCGGUCGAAUGUCUCACAGUGUAUCAGCGGGCAACAGAAUAUACAGAAAAUUCUAAUGAGUAUAGCUGCAAACAAAUGUUGUUCAUUGUCUUACUGUAUGGUCCCCCAGUACACAUAUCCUCAGUAUCGGAUUUGUAUUAAGCUUUCUUUGAAGACAAUUAAAGGAGGAAAUGUUAGUCACUCUUUAGUCCAGGCUACACUGCCCAGUUUGGACUCUUGGUUGGCAUGUAGGCUAUCAGUUUGUCCUCCAUGUCCUUCGCACCCAGUUUAUUUAUACCGUAUCGGUCAUUGAUUUUUAACUACAUUUUGUCCACUGUUGUAUUUUGUCGAUCUCUAAAUAUAGUUGAAGCUUGCUAAUAAACUUUCAGCAAUCUGA